AUGACGUAUGAGAUGGCGUAUGACUGGGCUAAUGCAAUAUCCAAUAAUGGUCUUAAGGAAAUCGUACGAAAUGAAUGGGCUGCGUCACCUCGCGGCACCUCUCUCCCAUCAAUUCUAUUGUUUUACCACUCGGAGCAGUUCAAAGAUUUAACGACAUGUAAUGAAAUCAGCGAGAUUAAGGAUUUGCUAGAUUUUAUGAGACAGGAGAAGAUAUGGCCGAACGGAUUGCGUUACCUCUGGACUGAUGCACACGGACUGUGCAAUUUGCUAACGCUGUACUAUGCAUCAGGAGACUCGGCGUAUCUCAUCGAAGCCGAGCAGUUGGUCACUGAUGUUUACAAAGUGCUAGGCAGAAAAAAAGGUAUACGAAUAGGCGAAGAACCAGACAGAGACGGUCAAUAUUUUCAUUACCUUACAAAGUGGAUAUAUGCCCUUGGAGAGUUGGGUAAAUUGAAACCAGAAUAUCACGAGAAGGCUGUUAAACUUGCGAAAGACAUUCAUCCGCAUUUCUUCGUAAAAGGAAGAGGGGUGGUAUGGAAAAUGCUUGAAGAUUUGUCUGGUCCGUACCCUGGCUAUGGCUUUGGGGGUUUAGACUUCUAUGAUGGCUACAUUGUUUAUAAAACCCUUGACCAAGCGGCAUUGAGCAGUGAGAUUGCUGAUAUGAGGUCUCUGAUACAAAAAGACUACAUAGAAUUCUCUUGCACUCAAGAUUUGGGGCUUGGAGAGACGCUGUGGAUGACCCACCAUUUUCCAGAUGAGCCUUGGGCGCAAGUUCUGAGACAAAGAUCCAUACAACAACUUGAUAAAAUGUGGAUCCCACAAGAAGAAGGCAAGGGCUUCUUUUGUAGGCAUCCCUCCUCUCCAAGGGUAAAGUUUGCUUUCACAAACUAUGGUGUUUCAGUUGGUUGCCAGGCUGUUGGAGUGUGGCCUGAAAGGGUGGAAGCA